CGGAGCAUUUAUUCAUAUCCCAGCAUCCCCCUGUGUCCACUCUAUUCCGUAUCAGACGUCACCACCAGCUAUCAGUGUGACACAGCUCUUUAUCAAAACUAUUUUAUAGUAAACAGACACGGAAGUUGGUUCAGAUAUAUCAGCACCCUAGAGAAAGCAAGACACUUAGAAAAACAAUCCUGUAACCUAGCAAGACAAACAAUGGAGAAAACAAACUCACAGUCGUGGGGGUCUUUCGUGAAAUCUCUGGGUGCCAAUGAUUUUAAAAAGACAGUCAGAGUGCUGAGUGGAGAAUACUUUUCAGGGUCCCUGUAUAAUAUCUCAUUCUCUGAUGGAGAUGUCUUCAAAAUUACUGACAGAAUACUCUCUAAAGUACAAGCUGUUUUGUACCAUGCUGAUGAGAUGAGGACCAUUGAUAUUCCACUGGAUUAUAAAGGGUACUUUCAACUGAUUCCUGAUCAUGAACCGUACACAAAAGUUGUAGAUCUCUAUCAUUGUGUUAAAGUAGACCAGCCGGCAGAAGUACAGCCCCGAUUCAAGAACAACAUCAGCUUUGCUCUUGAAGACGGGACGGUUAUCGCCAAAGGAGAGAGAUUGAUCUUACAUGGCUUUGAAGAAAAACAAAACCAAAUCUUUCUGAGAUGUAAACGCCUGAAAAUGAAGGGCACCCCUGUUGUACUGGUACCAGCCCACUGCAAAUGGGAGAUGCAGGAAUGCCAAGAUGACCAGUAUUAUACUAUGGAUGACCUUCUAAAGUGGAAAAUGCUGGUGGGCCGCCGGCGCUUUGUUAAGGUUAUCAAUACCAUCUUUCUUUCACAUGAUCUUCCAGAUCUAAAAAAUUUCAAUGGUGUUGCUCAGCUCUUACCAACUUAUUCUGUGAAAGCCAUUCUUCUUGAAGGGACUGAAGUCAUUAUACCACCAGACAUAGACAUGGAAGUAAUUGAUAUUUCUGAAUCAGUCAACAAGAGCUUGUUCUCCAGACAACAGACUUUAUACUCAAUCUACAGCAUGGCAGAUAAAGAAUUUCCACUGAUGGUAGAAAUUAAACACAUUGCUCAAAACAAGAACCUGUUACAAACUGGACAGAAAUGCCAAUUACAUAACCUCCAAGUCGGACAGUGUCUAACAAUACUGAGAAGGGAAGAAGUGAAAAAAUGCCUUGUCACAGAUAUAUCGGAUCCAGAAAAGAAGAGGCACUUCGUUGUACCUUCAACCUAUCAAGGCACGGUCUCUCAAGUUUCCAGAACCUUCCGUUAUGUUUUUGAUUUGGUGUUUCAAGGCUCUACUGGACAGAACUUGACAGUACUUGCAACGAAAAAUUACACUGCCGAAGCACCGUCGUUAUCAUCAUUUCAUGUUGGAGACCAAUUUCGCGUCCUGAUGUCUGAUACGGUUCUUGUACAGUUUGCUGAAAAAACAGAAGCAGUAGGCAUAGUUGAAUUCGAAAACACGGAGACAAAAGUCAGAGUCAAGUUUCCCAUGUAUGCUGAAGGAGGGUUUGUAGAACUACUGUACGACAACAAAAGCUGCACAUUGGCACAGCUUAUUUCACGAGAAUGUUUAGUUCCUUGCCACUUUAAGGUGGAUAUUCGAGACCCUUCAGUUAAAGACGAUCCACUGCAUACUGCAAAAGAACUGAGGCUCCAUAAGGAGAUUUAUGACCAAUGCCUUGUGGUCACAAAGGAAGACUCUUCACUGAAGCCUUUUGAACUCCCAAUUAAUCAUGAACACAUGAUUGUGGAAUUAUUGAGCAACCAACCAUCUAUGCACAAUCAACACACAUCACUUAUGUCUUAUGAAAGCAACGUAGAAAUAGUACCAGAAGAUUACUAUUCAGAAGAAUUCAGAUAUGAAUAUGUAAUGGGUCCCCCCCCAUUACCUCCAAGGACCAAUAGAAGCCAAUCUUCCAGUGAGGUUCAACUCCCACCUCCUUUACCAAGGCGGAAUAUGUUAGCGACUGAGGUCCCUGCAGGUAUCCCACACGCAUCCCUCCAAAGACCCCACACCCCUUCAGCAGGACACAUCACACCACAGCAGAUGAACCAUCCUCUUCAAGUACAGAUCCUUGCUGAUAACCCACCAAGCAACCCCCAAAACAAAUGCAAAGAGGGCAGUCUCCCUGAAACACGAGGAAGUUCACAAAAUAUGUACAGUACCUACAUCUGCCGAAGUCAAUAUAUGUAAAGAAGGUGAAAAGGAAAACAGACCCAAAUCCAGCUUCACUUAUUGAAAAUUUAUCAUAAAAUCAACUGAAGAAGACAUUCUACACUUUUAUGUAAUACAGUAUUUUACUACUUUUCAUUACACUGUGUAAACUGUUGAAGUGGGCCGCCACUGUAGAUAUGGUGCUUUUUUUUUGUUUUUUCCAAAUAAGAAUUGGUAUAAGGGUACACUUGCUUCAUCAUUCUAACUUUAAAUACUCAAUCGUAACAUGUACUGUAGUCGUAUUAAAAGAAACUUGGCAAUAUAUAAACAUUUCAACCAUGUGAAGUCUUAACAAAGUAUUUUCAGUGUAAAUAAAAAGUGUACUUUAUAUGAUGAAACCAUAUUGCAAAAAGCAUUCAACGUGAUUAAACAUGAUUAACCUUAAUCAUAACGCAACUCUGCAAAUCUUACUGAUGUCGU